AUGGCCGCUCCCGAGAUCCCCACCGAGCAAUGGGCUCAGGUUAUCGAGAAGACUGGAGGCCCCGCCGUCUACAAGAAGAUUCCCGUUCAGAAGCCCGCCUCUGAUGAGGUCUUGAUCAACGUCAAGUACUCCGGUGUCUGCCACACCGAUCUUCACGCCAUGAUGGGCGACUGGCCCCUCGACACCAAGAUGCCCCUCGUCGGUGGCCACGAGGGCGCCGGUGUCGUCGUCGCCCGCGGCGAACUCGUCAAGGACGUCGAGAUUGGCGACUACGCCGGUAUCAAGUGGCUCAACGGCUCCUGCCUCGCCUGCACCUUCUGCCAGGAUGCCGACGAGCCCCUCUGCCCCCACGCCCUGCUCUCCGGUUACACCGUCGAUGGCAGCUUCCAGCAAUACGCCAUUGCAAAGGCCGCCCACGUUGCCCGCAUCCCCAAGGACGUCAGCCUCGAGGCCGUGUCCCCUGUCCUCUGCGCCGGUAUCACCGUCUACAAGGGUCUCAAGGAGUCCGGCGUCCGUGCCGGCCAGUGGGUCGCCAUUGUCGGUGCCGGUGGCGGUCUCGGCUCCCUGGCUCUGCAGUACGCCAAAGCCAUGGGCAUCCACACCGUCGCCAUUGAUGGCGGCGCCGAGAAGGGCGAGAUGUGCAAGAAGCUCGGUGCCACCGAGUACGUCGACUUCACCACCUCGUCCGACCUCGUCGCGGACGUCAAGAAGGCCACCCCCGAGGGUCUCGGCCCCCACGCCGUCAUUCUCCUCGCCGUCAGCGAGAAGCCCUUCCAGCAGGCCACCCAGUACGUCCGCUCCCGCGGCACCGUCGUCUGCAUCGGCCUGCCCGCCAACGCCUACCUCCGCGCCCCCGUCUUCGACACCGUCAUCCGCAUGAUCAACAUCAAGGGCAGCUACGUCGGUAACCGCAAGGACACCGCCGAGGCCCUCGAGUUCUUCCGCCGCGGCCUCAUCAACGCACCGUUCAAGACCGUCGGCCUGAGCCAGCUGAACGAGGUCUUUGACAUGAUGAAGAAGGGCCAGAUUGCCGGCCGCUACGUCGUCGACACCAGCAAAUAA